AUGGAUCAGCAACUCCUCGUACACCAAGUCGUCAAACUGCACUCCAAGACGCUGGACGGUGGCCUUGCGGGAGCUGACAAGGCGACACAAGAGGAGAUCGACAGUGCCGUGCUGGUGUUGCUUUCCUACCUCGCACACCUGGGCGAGGAUGAGCCCCACGCAGCCAUCACCUCGGAGGCCGAGAUCUUCACCCUCAUGUACAAGGUGCUCCUGACUCGACCCUCUGUCGCGGAGCUCCGGGAUCCCACGAAGCGCACUGCCAUGACUGACGAACAUGUGGCGGCUUCCAGGUUCUACUACGGGCUGUCACUUUCUGAGCAGGGUCGCAGCAACUUCGUGCACUACCAACAGGCACGUUGUGCUCUGUGCAUUGUCAAUUAG